ACUCCAGCGCUUCGAGGCCUCUGGGUCAUUCCAGUUUCUUCUUCUAACUUCAGAGUUCCCUCCGUCACGAUCCCAACUCCAUGCCUUCCUCUCGAUCGAUCCAUUGCCGAACUCCUAAUCUCUAAUAGAUGCUGAAUCUCUUCCGCAGAUCCAACCCUUCAUCCCUCUCCUCCAUUGCCUCCAAAAUCACUCGAUUCAAAAACUCCCAUCUUACUCACUCCACUCCCUACACCUUGCCCUCCACUUCCCGAUCCGCCAUCGCCGGCUCCGCAAGAUGGUGGCAACUACCCUAUCCGACGAAGCCGGAAGUCUCCUUUCCCGGAGGAGGCGUUUGGCGGCGCUCUUACUACAUCGCUCGCCCCGAGCUCCAGCACUUCCGUCGUCGCCAGGUUCCGCGAUGGUACGAAAACCCUCGAAUCGUUGUUGUCGUCGUCCUCGUAGGAGGCGGCGCAGCUUUAACCAUCUACUACGGGAACAUUGAGACCGUUCCUUACACCAAGCGCUCGCACUUCAUCCUCCUCUCCCCCUCCGUCGAGCGCCAGCUCGGAGAGGCCCAGUUCAAUGAAAUCAAGUCCGCUCUCCGUGGCAAGAUCCUCCCGGCUCUCCACCCGGACAGCAUCCGCGUCCGGCUCAUCUCCAAGCAGAUCAUUGAGGCCGUGCAGCGCGGCUUCAGCCAUGGAGAUCGAGGAUGGGGCGACAUCGAUUACGCAUCAGAGCAAUCUUUGCCGGAUUUCGCGUCUUCCGCCUCACCGGAGAAGUCAGGGGGCACGAUUCGGGCACUUUCUGGCAGCAAUGAGGAGGUGCGGUGGAGCAAGGAGGACGAGGUACUUGAUGAUGAGUGGGUGCAUAAUAGUCGGAAGGAGGGCAAGGCUCGGGGAUCGCAGUCGUCUACUCGUCAUUUGGAGGGAUUAAACUGGGAGGUAGUGGUUGUGAGAGAUGACAUGGUUAAUGCAAUGUGUCUUCCUGGAGGAAAGAUUAUUGUGUUCACCGGUUUGCUGGAUCACUUCAGGACCGAUGCUGAGAUUGCUACGGUGAUCGGGCACGAGGUUGGGCAUGCUAUUGCUCGGCAUUCAGCGGAAGGGAUCACAAAGAAUUUGUGGUUUGCGAUACUGCAGAUAAUUCUUUUGCAGUUCUUUGGUAUGCCAGAUGUGAUUAAUGCCAUGUCUAAUCUGCUUCUCAGACUUCCAUUCUCUAGGAGGAUGGAAAUGGAGGCGGAUUACAUUGGGCUUCUGCUCGUGGCAUCGGCAGGAUUCGACCCUCGUGUUGCUCCUCGAGUCUACGAAAAGCUGGGGCAGAUUACUGGUGAUUCUGCUCUCAGGGAUUACCUCUCCACUCAUCCUUCCAGCAAAAAAAGAGCACAGAUUUUGUCUCAAGCGGAAGUCAUGAAUGAAGCUCUCGCAUUGUACAGGGAAACUAUUGCAGGCCACGGAAUAGCAGGAUUCCUCUAAGUAUCAUCCUCAUUGAAAGAUGAAAAAAUGGAAACAUUACUCGGAUAAAUUGCUAUGGUGAUAGAGAUCCAUCUGUUGUGAGCAUAGUUCGAAGCCGCAGCAUAUCAAAGGUUGCGUGUUGUCGCCAUGAUACAGGUAUAGUGUCUAUUGAUUUUUGAGAGAAAGCAGGUAAAUGCAAUUCUUUUUUAUAUCAUUAAAAUAGACAAAUUGUGAACUUGUUUUAUACUUUGAAUUUUAAAUAUUGCUGAUGUAGGCUUCAAUAA